CUUGGUUUGGGAGAGGAGCUGCACACUGACUUCAGCUGUGUUCAGAAGAACAGACAGGUUCUCCUUGCAAAGGGGGAGGGGGAGAGGAAGAGCCAUUCAUUUAUUCCUGAAAAGAAAAGAGAUAGGAAAUUGAAAAGCUAAUAUACAGAUAGACAUAUUUUAAAGAGAAGGAUGCUUUGGAAGAUUUUGCUGCUGCUGAUGUUCUAUUACAGUACUUAUGCCACUGCGACCCACAGAUGGAGCAGAGCUAUGCUUUUCCCAGCUGCUCAGCGAUUGAAGAGGUCCUCAGCUGCCUUCCUUAACCCAGUGCUACAAAACUCGUUGGAAGAUGUGAUCCUGCUUUACGAGUUUCUACUAGCUGAGCUUGACAUUGACAAAGGUCAGAGGAUCUCCAUCAAAGAUGAAGAGCUCGCUUCACUGCGGAAGGCUGCUGAGUUUGACACCAUCUGCAACGACAUUAUCCCCAAGAGCAUCACAGAGAUCCGCAGGCUGAGCAGUAGGCUGUCUUCAUACCCAAGGGUCCUCAAGAAAGAAGAUUUUGAAAGGACAGUACUGACUAUGGUCUACACUGCCUACAGGGCUGCUCAGUCCCAGGGCCAUCAGAAAGACAUUUGGGCUGAAUCCUUCGUUAAUCUUUACAAAGCCCUGAAGCACGACUUGAUGUUCCCAUACAACAAAGAGCCAUCAUAGUGGAAGAUGAUGCAAUAGCAACUCAGCCAGCUCUUCUGAUUGAUAUGGGACACAUGUAGCAGUCCAACACUUCUUUUCUGUAAAGUUUAAUAACCUGCUUCAUGAAAGAUUAUUUGUUUUCUAGCUCCCUCUUGUGGAAUUCACUUUAUAGUUCCAUGUUGAAUGGAGGAAAAUGUUAAUCUUCAGACCUUGGAAUACAAUUUUUGUGCUGCCUUAGAGGCACAUUCUCUAACAUGCAAAGAAGGGAGGCCGGUGUACACCCCAGACAGACAUGCCCCUGUUUUGUCCCAUGUGUUUCCCAUAAGCAAUGCAUAAGUGUACUAUGCUUAUGCUCAUGUACCUAUGGGUAUGUGCUGGAGAAUGCUGCUCUUGUAGAUGGAGAAAGAAGCUCAUAAUUUGUCUGCUCUGUAAAAGAAUAUUAUAAAGACAUGCAAAGGAAAAAGUAUAAUAACUGUCAGCCUUCAAAAAUUAUGCCACAUAUUAUUCAUUCAAAGUAUUCUUGCAAAUAAGCACUGUCUGAUUCACUUCAUUUUGCUGAGCCAGUUUUUCAUUGCAAUAACAUUUGCAGGAGACAAAGGGUAUUGUGGACAC